AUUAUUCAGAGGAACAGGGAACAUCUCACCCACUGAAAAGAGAGGUAUUAAGGAGCUUCACUUACAGAGCUGCUGGAGAGCUAUACACCCUUUGGGGAGUGCUAAUUUUAAAACGCAGCAUUUCAGCCUCCCAAAUUAGAGCUGAACUUAAAAUUUUCCAUAAAAGACGUUGCUUAAAGGAACUAUGACGAUCAGAGGAGUACUCGCUCUGCGGAAAAGGCAAGUCCUGAUUCUCUUUGUUUUGCUGGGAUUGUCUGAGGCGGGUCCUAAUUCUGUGCACUAUUCUGUGGCCGAAGAAACAGAAAUUGGCUCUUUUGUGGCCAAUCUGGUAAGAGAUCUGGGGCUUGGGGUGGAGGAGCUGUCCUCACGGGAGGCCCGAGUAGUGUCUGAUGAUAAUGAAAAGCAUUUGCACCUCAAUUUGCUGACUGGAGAUUUGCUCCUAAAUAAGAGACUGGACCGAGAAGAGCUAUGUGGCUCCACAGAGCCCUGUGUGCUGCAUUUUCAAUUGGUAUUGCAAAACCCUUUACAGUUUUUUUGGGCUGAGCUGCACAUCAAAGAUAUAAAUGAUCACUCCCCUACAUUUCUGGAUAAGGAAAUACUUUUGAAAAUAUCAGAAAGUGCCACUACUGGAACCACAUUUCUAAUGGAGAGUGCUCAAGAUUUGGACAUUGGAAGCAAUAGUCUCCAAAACUACACAAUUAGUCCCAAUUCUCAUUUCUACAUUAAAAUUCAAGACAGCGGUUAUGGAAAGAUAUACCCAGAACUGGUCCUGGACAGAGAGUUAGACCACGAAGAGGAACCUGAGCUCAGAUUAAUACUCAUAGCUCUGGAUGGUGGAUCUCCACCCAGGUCUGGGACAACUUUGGUUCUCAUCAAGGUCUUGGACAUCAAUGACAAUGCACCUGAGUUUCCUCAGAAGCUCUAUGAGGCGCAGAUCCUGGAGGACACACCCAUUGGAUCCUGGAUAAUAACCAUCACUGCUAAGGAUUUGGAUGCAGGCUAUUAUGGAAAAAUAUCUUAUAUGUUUUUCCACGCAUCUGAAGACAUUCGUAAAACGUUUGAAAUAAACCCAACAUCUGGGGAAGUUCACCUGAGAUCAAGCUUAGAUUUUGAAGUAAUACAGUCCUACAUUAUAAAUAUUCAGGCAACAGAUGGUGGGGGUCUUUCAGAAAAAUGCACUCUUCUAAUUACCGUAAUAGAUAUAAACGACAAUGCACCAGAAGUGACCAUGUCAUCAAUUACAAAGAUAAUUCCAGAGAAUGCCUCAGAGACCCUUGUGGCUCUCUUUAGUGUCCGAGACCAAGACACUGGGGAAAAUGGGAGGACGGUUUGCUCUAUUCAAGAUGACCUCCCCUUUCUUCUAAAACCGACCUUCAAGAACUUUUUCACUGUAGUUUCGGAAAAAGCACUAGACAGAGAGGUAAGAGCCGAGUACAACAUCACCAUCACCGUAACAGAUAUGGGUACCCCCAGACUGAAAACCGAGUGCAAUAUAACGGUACUGGUCUCCGACGUCAACGACAACGCCCCGGCCUUCACCCAAACCUCCUACACGCUGUUCGUCCGCGAGAACAACAGCCCCGCCCUGCACAUCGGCAGCGUCAGCGCCACAGACAGAGACGCGGGCGCCAACGCCCAGGUCACCUACUCGCUGCUGCCGCCCCAGGACCCGCAGCUGCCCCUGGCCUCCCUGGUGUCCAUCAACGCGGACAACGGGCAGCUGUUCGCCCUGAGGGCGCUGGAUUACGAGGCCCUGCGGGUCUUGGAGUUCGGCGUGGGCGCCGUGGACCGCGGCUCCCCGGCGCUGAGCAGCCAGGCGCUGGUGCGCGUGCUGGUGCUGGACGCCAACGACAACUCGCCCUUCGUGCUGUACCCGCUGCAGAACGGCUCUGCGCCCUGCACCGAGCUGGUGCCCAGGGCGGCCGAGCCGGGCUACCUGGUGAGCAAGGUGGUGGCGGUGGACGGCGACUCGGGCCAGAACGCCUGGCUGUCGUACCAGCUGCUCAAGGCCACGGAGCCCGGGCUGUUCAGCGUGUGGGCGCACAACGGCGAGGUGCGCACGGCGCGGCUGCUGAGCGAGCGCGACGCGGCCAAGCACAGGCUGCUGGUGCUGGUCAAGGACAAUGGCGAGCCGCCGCUGUCGGCCAGCGUCACGCUGCACGUGCUGCUGGUGGACGGCUUCUCGCAGCCCUACCUGCCGCUCCCGGAAGCGGCUGCCGACGCGGCCCAGGCCGACCCGCUCACCGUCUACCUGGUCAUCGCGUUGGCGUCGGUGUCGUCGCUCUUCCUGUUCUCGGUGCUGGCGUUCAUCGCGGUGCGGCUGUGCAGGAGGAAUGGGGCCGCCUGGGUGGGUGGCUGCUCAGUGGCUGAAGGCCACUUUUCGGGCCAUCUGGUGGACGUCGGCGGCACCGGGACCCUUUCCCAAAUCUACCAGAGUGAGGUACGUCUAAUGGGAGGUACUGGGACAGAUGAAUUUAAAUUUCUGAAGCCAAUUAUUCCCAAUCUCUCAGUCCAUGAUACUGAUAGGAAUAUUGAGGAAAGUGAGAACUUUAGGAAUAGCUUUGGAUUCAACAUUCAAUAAAAUAAUUUAUUUUAAAUUACUAUUCUUUAUCAUUCUUGGGAAACGGGAUAUUUUUGCCAAUUUGUAAUGCAUUUUAGAUUGUACUGCUGCUGCAUGCAUUGGUUCUCACUAUCUCAUCAGUACUUUAAAAAUCUUAUUAGUGGCUAUAAUGACAUGGAAAUAUAAUUUGGUUUUUUUUUUUCAUUUAUUUGGUCAAAAUGUCAUACUAACAAACUUAUUGCUAACUUUUUGUUGUGAUAAUGGCACUGUAAUGCAAGACAGUAUUAUUAAUUGCACUUACAAACUUAAGUAUUAAGAUUGAAUUCCACAAUAUAUGUAAUUUACUUCUAGACAUAUUAUCAAAUCAUAAAUAAAGCAAAAAAUUUUAAUGCUAUUGAAUCUGAGUAGAAAAUAAUUGGAUUUUAUCUAACUGUUCUUGAAAUUUUUUAUUAUAAAGGGUAAAACUGCUGCCUCUCCAUAUUCAGUACUAGGGUAUCUGUUUGUUUGUUUGUUAUAUGGUGGUUUUUUUUUUUCAAGAAUUUAUGACAAAAUAAAGGUGACCACAUUGGAAAUCA